GACGUGCCUGACCGGCAACACGUUGUUGUUCUUGAGCUGUCACAGCUUCCAGGGCUCUGUCGCCAACUCAUGUUGGGUGAGUGGGUUGCCGUUGCCGAGCUGCAGGGUACAAAGGUACAACAUCAAGCAGCGCACAGGCCACAGCGACCCCAGAAGCUGCGUUGGACAAGGCAGCGUCGAUUCGAUGACACUGGAAGCAGAGCGUGUGUGCGUGUGCCGUGCGAUUCCCUGGUGAUCCAGGUCCCCCAAACAACAAACAACAUCGGCCUCGGCAGCCCAACGCCUGCCAACUCAACCUGACCGCUAGGUACUGGCCGCCACUGUGAACCCCAUCAAACUCCCCAUUCGAGGGCCAUGUUUCUUUGAUAUCUUUUCUCUUGUUGCACAUCCCGCUCCCUUCCGCUGCAAGCCAGCGACAGCCGCCAACCGACCGAGCUUGCUUUUCAAUACCUACACCACACCAGACAAACCCCGACAUCAUCUCACCCCGAGCCUUCGAACUCGGACCCCUUGGCGCUCUUCCAUCAGCCGCCAUGGGUGUCUGUAAUUCUACUUGCUGUGGAGGCAAAUCCCGCGAUGGGCUAUACGAAAAUGUCCUCGCCGACAACGAAAGGGAGGCCGUAGCCGACCUUCUUCAAUACCUUGAAAACCGUGGAGAGACCGAUUUCUUCUCCGGUGAACCUCUUCGAGCUCUGAGCACUCUCGUCUUCUCAGACAACAUCGACCUGCAACGAAGCGCGAGUUUGACAUUCGCCGAGAUCACAGAACGAGACGUACGAGCCGUCGACCGCGACACCCUCGGGCCUAUUCUCUUCCUUCUGGAGAACUCGGACAUCGAGGUACAACGAGCGGCUAGUGCCGCGCUGGGAAAUCUUGCCGUCAACUCGGAUAACAAGGUUCUGAUUGUUCAGCUUGGUGGUCUCCAACCCCUUAUCCGGCAAAUGAUGUCGCCAAACGUCGAGGUUCAGUGCAACGCCGUCGGGUGUAUCACCAAUUUGGCUACCCAUGAGGAUAACAAGGCUAAGAUCGCACGGUCUGGUGCCCUUGGUCCAUUGACACGCCUUGCCAAAUCGAAGGAUAUGAGGGUACAGAGGAAUGCCACCGGGGCUUUGCUCAAUAUGACACAUUCCGACGAAAACCGGCAACAACUAGUGAAUGCUGGUGCCAUCCCCGUCCUCGUCCAGCUUCUUUCCUCGGCCGACGUGGACGUCCAAUAUUAUUGCACGACAGCCUUGAGCAAUAUUGCUGUCGAUGCUGCCAACAGGCGGAAGUUGGCGCAGUCCGAGACCAGGCUUGUGCAGUCUUUGGUACACUUGAUGGAUUCAUCAUCGCCAAAGGUACAAUGCCAAGCCGCCCUGGCACUUCGAAAUCUCGCCUCGGACGAAAAGUACCAGCUCGAAAUCGUCCGCACCAACGGUCUUGGGGCUCUCCUCCGUCUACUUCAAUCUUCUUACCUGCCUUUAAUCUUGUCCGCAGUCGCAUGCAUACGCAAUAUCUCCAUCCAUCCUUCAAACGAGUCGCCAAUUAUCGAAGCCGGAUUUCUCAAGCCACUGGUUGACCUCCUCGGUUCUACUGAUAACGAGGAGAUCCAGUGCCAUGCGAUCUCAACGCUUCGAAAUCUUGCCGCAAGCUCUGACCGUAACAAGUCGCUCGUGCUCGAGGCGGGUGCCGUACAGAAGUGCAAGCAGCUUGUACUCGAGGUUCCUGUAACGGUUCAAUCCGAGAUGACGGCUGCUAUUGCUGUUCUCGCCCUGAGUGACGAGCUCAAGACACAUCUGCUGGAGCUUGGCGUCUUUGAGGUUUUGAUUCCACUCACAAAGUCACCCAGCAUUGAGGUUCAAGGAAACAGUGCUGCCGCCCUGGGCAACCUGUCAUCCAAAGUGGGCGAUUAUUCGAUAUUCAUCCAGAGCUGGACAGAUCCUUGCGACGGCAUUCACGGCUACCUCAGCGGGUUUCUCGCCAGCGGAGAUGCCACCUUUCAGCACAUCGCGAUCUGGACGCUGCUUCAGCUUCUUGAAUCCGAGGAUAAGAAGCUUAUUGGGCUCAUUGGCAAGUCCACGGAUAUCAUGGAAAUGAUGAAGCAGAUUGCCAACCGACAGGUCGAGUCGGACAACGAACUCGAAGACGACGAUGAAGGCGAGGUUAUCAGUCUCGCUCAGCGCUGCUUGGAGUUGUUGGGUCAGGGUGCGUCGAAGAGUCAUAUUGAGGGUUGAGACCGGCACGGCUCUUCAAUAGGAGGUUGAGCUUUUGUUCUGCGCUUGUUGGCAUUGUUUUAUUGGUUCAUUCUGGCUUAAGAUAUUCAUUCGGCAUAGUACUCGGCGUGGAGUUGGCGGCGUCUGUAUGAAUUACCAUACACGGAACGGGAAGGAAGGAAGUAUGGAGGAAAAGGGGGGGGGUUCGGAAGACCUUGUAUCUUGAACCUGAACCGGUCGAGCAUAUGGAAGGGGUCGUGGCGGUGGUCGGGUUAUGGAACAGGACAAAACGAAGGGAAGCCAGGACAUGGAGCACUUACUACAUGUUUUUUUCUCCUCUUUUUCAAAAGACCGCCGGGGCUUCUUUUGGGACCUCUUUUUUUCCUUUGUACUACUACACAUUACCACUAUGACACACACAGAGAAAGAGUUUUUGUGUUUUUUUUCUUCGGGCUUUGACAGUGUUUUUGGCCUCUUUGGGGCGUCUUUUUCACUAUGUUUUAUACACGGGUUAUGAUGGUUGUUGUUGGGUGGGGGAAGAAGGGG